UUUUGGUGAAAUCCUGCGCUGAACGAGAAACCUGUGAAGGCCCUACGUUAUUUGUGUGUUUGUGUUGUUUUAGUCAUUCGCAAUGAACAAAAAUAAGGCCAGUAGCGUGUCGUGGGUGAAACCAGCGGAGCCUUCCUUUCUGAAGAAGUUUAAAAAUGAUGUUGGUUAUAAAGAAGGGCCGACUGUUGAUACUAAGCGUCAGGAGAUGCCGACACUGGAUGAUGACAGCGGGAGUGAUCGGGAGGAUGAGUUACCUCAGGUUGUGGUUCUAAAAGACGGAGAUCUGACCGCAGAGGACGUGAAGAAGAUCAAGGGCGAUAUGCGCUCAGGAGGAGGCGCAGAGAAAGAUGAUGAACCUCCUCCUGAUGGUAAAAUCCUCUUCAAGAAACCAGCCAAGCGCUCCUCCUCAGACAAAUUCCAGGGCAUCACUGCCAGCUCCAGCAAGAAGAAGAAGAAGAGUGAUGGGGGAGAGGAGAAGAAGGAGGAGGAGAAGAAGGAGGUGAAGUCCGGAAAGACAGUAAAAAAUAACAGCCUUCUGUCAUUUGGAGGGGACGAGGAGGACGAAGAGGAGGACUAAAUGUUAAAGGUGAAACGUAAGACUGUCAUUACCCCUGUGACAGGGAGGAAUCAAAGUGACAUUUGAAUAUUAACGAUUAUGUGUUUCAUAAUAUUGACAAAUAGUAACAAGGGUGAAAGUAAAAGACUUUGUAUUCUCAAUAGAAACUGUCUGGAGUUCAUCAACAGUGUGCAGCCGGUCCAUUCUGUAGUGUUUUUUUUAAAGGGCAGUGCCAAUAUUUCUGCGCGCUUAAGCCCACUGACUACAAAUAGUCUGUUCUUGAUAUGACUGACAACUGUUCCAUUCAUUUUAGUGCAGCAGUGUUGAAAUCAACUCGCAGAUAUUCAAUUAGCUGGAAUAAUAAAUCUAUCAGAAUGUACACUGGAUUACCCUUUUUGUUUUUUUCAAAGUUUAUUAUGGCUGAACAGGAGAACAGUGAUAAUUGUCAACUCCACCUGGUGCAUUCAAAGACACUCAGCCAUCCUGAAAUUCAAAGUCUGCUGAACAGAAACAGCUAGGGCUGAACUUCCUGACCAGUAUUGCAAUUGUGUUAAAAACUGUGAUCAUACCAAACCUUGUCACAAAUGCAUUCUGUUUCUACAUCAAGAGAAUCAGACAAAAAUGUAUUUUGUAUUUAUUAACAUUAGUUUGCUAUCCUGAUGAUAGCUGCAUACUGUUGUGGUAAAAAUGGGAAAGCAGUAAUAAAAUAAAAUAAAAUAAACAUUUAGCCUUAGGGACAGGAUUUUAUUAACAAGCUGUUUGUAGUCUGAAAAUAAAAUUCCAAAGACAAAGCGCGCAGGGAUGUUGCCUAUAUUCUAAAUGUCAGUGACUCCCAAAUGUCAGGUAAGACUCCAGUGUUGGAUGAUUGCCUGUGAAUGCGUCAACAGUGAGUUUUUCAGACAGGGCCCAGCUCACAGCUUCAAUAUGAUACCAUGCAAACUCAUCUUUGCCAGAAAAAGGUGAAGUAGUGUUCACUUUGUUUACCUACCUCGAACAAGUUUCAAGUCUCUGAAAUUUUUGUGAAGCCCACUGAGACAUUUUUUGAAAUAUUGAGCUGUACCAUAAAAAUUGACUUGAAGUUGAUUUCAAUACUGAAAUGAAUGGACAGCUGUAUAAAAGACUUUGGUCCACAGAAAUUUAGGCAGUUUGUAGUUAAUGGGCUACAAAAUGGAAAACCAUCAGUGUGAGUCUAUGUGUAGUUUGUCCUGUUUCAUCAAACAUCUGGCAAGAGAACAUCAGCAAUACUUAGUGACAAAGUUUAAGGGUAACUGGUAUUUUUCAACCAGGACCCCAUUUUCCCCAUGUUUUGUGUGACUAGUGAGAACAGUACAUUUUAAAAGUGGUCCUGUAUUAAGCAAAACAAGCUUCAAUGUAAUUGGUAAGUGUAUACUGUCAAGGUACGUCCACUAAAAGUGCUUUGCCACUGACAGGCUCAGAUUGUUAUAGUAAGUGUCUGACAACAUCAUGGAAGGAUCCCUACAGAGAUAGACCUUUCUGUUUAAGAAUAAGAUCCUUUUUGUUUAACUAGAAAGAGCAUGUCUGUAGGUGUCCUUUCCUUACGUUUGUCAGACACUGACAGUAAUAAUUUGAGCCUGUCAGUGGCAAAACAAGCACUUUUAGUGGACGUACAUUGAUAGUGCACAAAUGUCCAUGGCAGCCUGUUUUGAAAACUGUUGUCUCCAUUAGACAGCAAAGCCUGGCAAAUAGGUUCAAGGUUGAAAAAUAUUUGUGUUACCCUUUAAGAAGUCAGAGUACACAUUUUCCAGAGAUUUCUGCAGUCUAAAACAACCAGAGAAAAGCAGAAGCUGUGCUUUUGCUGUUUGAAGGUGCUCCUCAAAACCUUUGGUGGGCACUCAGCUCCACACAAACUAUGCAAUUUAAUCUCAUAAAUGGAAAUCAAGCAACACCAGGUUCAAAAACUGGGAGAGUGAUUUUUGGAAAUUAAACUAUUAAAUUUUUUUGUCUAAUUUUACAGUGACCAGUUGUCACUCACCUGGGUAAUUACUAGUGAUGGGCAGAUGAAGCUUCAUGAAGCAUUGAAGCUUUUCAUCAAAUUGGUUCACUCAAGGGCAAAGCUUCUUGAUGCUUCAUUUGCUCUACUAAGCCAUCUACUGGACAAAAAAAGCUAUUACACUUAGUGGUUUGUAUAUAUAGAUCUGAACCACUUCCUGAACCUUUCACAUGGUACAGCCGGCCAGUGAGGCUUCGGACGUCACCAAUGACGUCACUUGUCUGAAACGACACAAGCCUCGAUACGCGCAUCGCGGAAACACUUCCUGGAUUACUCGACACACGCUUCGAAGCCUCGGCACAGCAGUUCACAUCACUAGUAAUUACAGUUAUUUGUGCAAUUAUUUGCAACAAUUUCUUUUUUGUAAAGGAAUUUUAAAGAAAGAAAUACAAUUUUUUAGGUUUGUCAGAAAAAAGUAAUUACCUUCUGGUUCAGUCCAAACUAAGACAAAUUUUGAUGACAAUUUUUUGCCGUGCUUUUGGUGCCUUCCACUUUAGGAAACAACAAAGUAAUCUUCUCCAUCCCAAAAAGAACCUGUUAAGACCACAGUUCCAAGUCAUUCACCUCCUAGUCCCGGUGGCUUCUUGGGACUUGACAUUGCUACAGACUUUCCACCUCCUGACACAGAACAUGGAGUCAGAACACAUUUAAAGACGCUUGUCAUUUGCAGGUUAAACACCUGCAUAUUAAGAUCCUAUUGUUGCUUGUGCUUGAAUCCUCAACAUUAUUUGUAUCUGUCUGUGGUGUUAUCAGAGAUGUAAGUGUGUUUCUUAGUGGUGUGCUCAUUGUAGAGUUUUUAAUACAUUCAACAGUGUGUUGAAUGUAUGAAUAUAUUCUAGCUUCGACAAAGGAGCUGUGACAGUUUAUGUAGAAACCAUGCAUUCUUGUCAAUGCAAUGAUAUGAUUUUUUUUUUAAAUAUGUGGAUUUGUUUUUGUGUGCAUUUUUAGAGAAUGGUCAUAGCUGUAACAUUUGAAAUAUAAAACAUUAAAUCAACUGCACAACA